AUGAUCAAGGCUGCAGCUACUGAGGGUCUUCACAACGUCCAUCCAAAAUCAACAAGAUCGCUGACAAUCGUCUUUGUUGCAUGCAGCAAUCUGAGCGGUCACGGUCUCCAGGGUUACCUCCCCAUCGACUUGGGCAACCUUGUGCAACUGCAGAGCUUGAAUGUGUCCAACAACCAGCUCAGCGGCCCUAUUCCAAGCGCGUUGGGCGGGCUGACGUUACUGCAGAGCCUUGACGUCAGCUACAAUCAGCUGAACGGCAGCAUCCCAGCAGAGCUUGGCGGCUGCAAAAACGCCACCAUCAUGAACCUGGCCCACAAUCAGCUGACGGGAAGCGUGCCGGCAGCGCUUGGCAACCUGACAAACGUUAAGCUAAGUCUUGACGGCAACUCCCUCUGCAACACCAUCCCCGGCGCGCCGUGCCUCCUUCAAACCGCCGCCCCGAGCGCGUCGCUCGCGCGCAAACCCAGCUCCGGCAAGAAAUUGAUAAUUAUCCUCGUACUAGUUGGCUCGCUCGCCGCGGCCGCGGCCGCGCUGUGCGCGUGUCUCUUUGUCGUGCUGCGGAAGAAGAAGUCGCGCGUGGGGACAGCGGACGACGAUGAGGAGAAGUGGAUGCGCUUCGACAUCCUAGAGAAGGGCCAUCUGAAGAAGAACCGCAAGGACGAGAAGCUGCCGCCCCCGCUGCCUCCCCGGUACUUCAUGUUCCGGGACAUCGAGGCCGGAACCGAGAACUUCAGCCGGGCGAACUACAUGGGCGACGGGCCCUACGGACAGUCGUACCGGGCACGGAUGGACGGCGGCAAGGAGGUUUUGGUCAAGCGCCUCGACCGCGCGCUCGCGUGCAGCGGCCGCGACUUCCGGCGCGAGGUCGACGCACUCGGCCGCGUCGCGCACACAAACCUCGUGAAGCUGAUCGGGUAUUGCAUGGACGACGGGAUGCAUAUGCUCGUGUAUGAGUGGCUCGACAACGGCAGCCUGUAUGACCAUCUUCAUGGUUCCUUCAUGAAGGAGUCGCCCCUCGACUGGCCCGCGCGCGUCAAGGCCGCGGCCGGCGUCGCGCGCGCGCUCGCGCAUCUCCAGGACGGCGCCGUCAAGCCGCCCAUCAUCCACCGCGACUUCAAAACGUCGUCCGUCCUUUUGGACGCCGACUGUACGGCCAAAGUGUCCGAGUACGGGCUGUGCAAACUAGCGGCGGACGAAAACGACGCGCACUGCAGCACGCGCAUUUUGGGCGCGUUCGGGAGCGUCGCACCGGAGUACAUCAUGACGGGCCAGUGUGACGAAAGAAGCGUGGUCUACACUUUCGGUGUGUUGCUGCUGGAGUUGAUGACGGGACGGAAACCGGUGGACAUGCGCCAGCCGGUCGGGCAGCAGAGCCUGGUCACGUGGGCGGGCCCCCACCUGAACAACCAAGAGAAGCUGGCGCAAAUGAUCGAUCCUAAACUUCGUGGGCUGUACCCCAAAAAGGACUUGGCCAAAUUCGCCGCGGUCGCCGCCAUGUGCCUGCAACCGGAGCCGGACUUCCGGCCGAUCAUGACGGACGUGGCGGCGACGCUCGAAAGCUUGCAGUUGUACGAGCCCGGCGUGUCCCGGUCAGAGUCAGGCGAGCUCCCGAUCAGCACACGACCAAGCGGCUCGAACAGCCGGCCGCCUUCUAGAGUCAGCACGCCCCGGGUUACCGACCCGAUCAAGAUCCCCCUCGUAUAUUAG